AAACGCCGUUUUUUAGUGACUGACUUUGUAAUUAGUUACUUCAAAUGGACACUCAGACGAUACAACAACAAUAAACCCCCCUCCAUCCUCCUUACGUCCAUUGCAUCUUCUCCUCUCGCCCAUGAGUCGCCAUGCCCAUCCAACUCCGCCCGCGCUUGAACUGUCACUAUUGCGGCCAUCGGUCGAAAUCCGGAAAGGCUCCAGGCCAGAAGUUCAAGUGUGACAACUGCCUGGCUGUCAACUUCUUCGAUGAGAAUGGGGAAAUCGCUGAUGUUCCCAUUGACGUGGCCGCCCCUCCUCAGCGGUUCGCCCAGCCCGCAUUUCGAGAUCCCCUUGCGGACGACUAUGCCGCCCAGGAUUCCAUCUUCUGUUCCACAUGCCUGAAGAAUCAACAUCUCUACACAUACAACCUGUCUCAAUUUCUUCCUGACCCUGAUCACCCCGAAUAUGCUCGAUACGAGGCCGACUUUCCUGCCUUUAAGAAAGAGCUGGAGAAGAGAUAUCCACAAUGCUGUAUCCAGUGUGAGCCAAAAGUGCGUCGUCAAUUGCAACAGGCAACCUAUAACGCUAGGACCGAUCAUGUGCGAAGAGUAUUGGACAAAUCUCGUCAACGAAGAAUUGCAAGCCGUCUCGGAUGGAGGAGUCUACUCGUCAGCGCUGCUGGCUGUGGUUAUGGCAUCAGUCUUGCCACCCAGGUUGUCUGGCAUCUGUAUGGCUCUCAGGUUCAAUGGAUCCCAGGCGAACUUGGACUCAAUACUGCUUCCUGCCUCAAGCACGGGACAUGGAGCCUGGUAUGCUUCGAACAGACUGAGUCUAUAGCCAACUUAUCUCUCAUUUUAGGCCUACUCUGUAUCUGGUGGAAUCCAAAGUGGCAACAUAAAAUUUCGAACAACGAAGGUCGCUUGAUUGGACUGCAGCGGUAUUAUCUCAUCCAGCUUGCCAUCCUCUUUCUCAGAUUUGCAGCUUUAGCCUUGCUUCACCAUAUUCCGUUCACCGAGAUCGCUGCCUCUGCCCUGCAUGCCGUUUUCGCCAUCUCUAUGGCAGUCGCUGGGCUUUGGUCCACGUUCAGAAUAAUCACAGUUCGUCUAACCCAGCCGAUCGACUGGCAUCAAGACCCUGCUGCCUUGCUUACCUCUGGCCAAUUCAUACCCCCUCCCACCAAAACACAGCAGCAACAACUUGAAACCAGUGGAGAGAGAGCGUUCAAUAUAAACUCUCUAUCAUCAGUCUCCGCCCAACCUUACGAAGCCUGGAAACCGCCCUCUCCCCCAGACACCGGAGACUCUAUGGAUUGGACUCCGACCCAGCCAACAUUCAGUCCUGCGCCAAAACCGGUACGUGUAGCUCCAAGCGGUCCUUCUCCCUUCUUCGGCAAACUGCCAGCACUGAAAGCCAGGGGCAUUCGAACCACUCCGGGUCAGCAGAUGGAACCAAAGGAGGCCAUUGGUCUCCCUCCAGGAUUUUUUGAUAAAAAGCCAUCGUCCGCUCUUUCCCCUCGAGGUCCACAACCUCCAAGUGAUGCAUUCGCGCAACCCAAGUUCUUUGGCCUUCAGGGUCAGGCUGAUACUGGCCUGGAGAAGAUAUUUGAUUCGGUGUUUUCUCUGAGAGAUAGCAGCGUCGAGGACCGAAUGAUGAGCGGACAUAAAUCUUCUCAGGCAACAACCCUACAAGAGUCCACAGUCACAGAGCAGGCAGUGGGCUCUCAAGGUACCUCUUCGGGAGCUUCCAUAUUUAGUGGAAUCUCCUUUUUUGUCAUCUUGGUCGCCGUCACCGUGUGGCUAUUCGAGACCUCACUGAAGCCAACCGGUUCCGAUAUGGGGUUCUAUAUCACUAUUUUUAGUGCAGCCAUCCCUGUUGGUCACCUUCUCCACGACCUGGUGACAGGCCGGUUCCCGGGACAAGUCGCUCGACCGCUUGUCUUUGUAGCUGAAGCAGUGGCUCUGAUUUGCCUCGCCGUUGCAAGAGAUCAUUUUGGAGGCGCUUUUCGGGACCUGUGGAACAAGCUUGCCAUCGGGCUGGUGGCCCUUUUACUGCCCCAUGAAUUUGUUCAGAUGCAUUCGGCAGAACUCACGUCUCGGCCUCCGACUAAAAUCACACCGCCAACGAAGGUAACCGAACCGGCCCCCGUUCGAGAACCAGAACUUCAUCACGACAUGGUAUCACCGUACCAAGAUCUCCAAUUCCAACCAUCUUUACAUUGUAUUCCACCACAGACUCCACUAUACUCUUCGCCCACGAGGCCACAUGUCCGGGCCUCCCAGCCCCGUCGAGACUCCGAUGAAUCCACGACCAGUAGGACGUCGACGUCAACAGCUUCCUCGGUUGCGCCAUGGGAAACGCCUCAAUCUAGCCGGUACGGCGACUCGCAACAGAUUCAUAUGCCCAGGAACUCGAAUAGCGUAUCAACAGAGUUACGGGGCCUGUCUUUGGGCGAUGACGGUUCUUCCCGGCGUAACAAUCGAGGGUCCUGGCGGGCUUCUGAUUCAAUGUCGUCAGGAGCCAAUGUCGCGGGGCUGAGGUCGAGACGAAGAUGAAGGAGAUGAAUGUUUGAUAUUGCAUAGCAUGAAGUGGGGUGGCAUAUUUACAAUCAGCAUCACUUUUCAUCAUAGACCGUUGCUGUGAUGCUUCUGUUUGGAUAGAACGAAGCUAUGCAUAUCACAAGGAUGGAAAGUAUGACGAGAUGACAUAAAUAAAAUAGGAAGCGUGAGCGACUGUCAUGCAG